CUUUAAUAGUGAGAGAACGUGCCAAUGACGCCGUCUCUGAGGCCUCAUGUGUCGCAGGAGAACCCGUUGCAGUGGGUCAUGCCGGUGGCACUAUGGAGCUUUGGGCUGCUCCUCAGUUUCUUCACGGUUUGUUCUUCUUUAGAUAAGGACUGUAUUGUCGGUAUUGUCAGCCAUGCUGUGUUGCUGCCCUGUUAUCACCAUAAUGAACUCUUAAGUUUUCAUAAUUUAUCUGUGGAGUGGAGGAGGGGUAAUGAACUGGUUUUAAAAGCUAAAUGGGAGGAGGAUGGAGAUGUGGUCAUUUGGAGUCUUAACCAUGCCACAAUCCCACGGAAUGCUCCUCUCACCGGAAACUUCUCUCUUGAGCUCCCAAAACUCAGUGCAAAAGAAGACCAAAUGGUUUACAGUCUGUUUGUGACCUCAGUGGAGAAUGGCAGUGCCCCGCUCUGCUCCAUGUGUCUCCGUACGGCAGCUCGGUUCAGCUCCCCCCUCCUCCAAAGAGAUGAAACAACAGGCAAUAACAGGACAGUGUUCCUCUGCCACUCAAGUGGAGGUUUCCCAAAACCCACAGUGUACUGGCUCAUAAAUGACACAGAGCAGCCCCCAGAGGACUCAGUUUGGACAGACACCACACCCCUCCCAGACUCAAGCCUGUACAACGUGACCAGCCUCCUUACCGUCAACAUCUCCACAGACGACAGCGUGUCCUGCUCCAUUCAGAACCAGUGGAUGAACGAGACGCUCACCUCAAAAAGCAGGGAGUUUGUUUCAUUUACUGGUUUGUUUAUUAGGUCUGGCAAGAGGGUUAUAUGUUUUUAUCGUUUUCGUGCCAAAUAUCCUCAAUGCUUGUACAGUUCUUGUGUUGUUGACUGUUGCUUAUCUAUAGGUGGCACAAGAGACAACACAAUCCGGAGCCGAGCGUCUGAGGGCAUGUGGAUGUUCAGUACAGGGUUGUGUGUAGCAGUGGGGAUCAUGGUGGUGGUGGGCAUAGCCUAUCAGAUCCACCUGGAUCGCAUCAGUAAGAAGAGGAAGGUUCUCUAUGAAUCUACAAAAGCUCAAAGGGGAUACAAAAAGCACCAGUUCUUAGAAGAAACACAGGAAGAAGCACUAAUGUCAAAGGAGACCUGUGUCUGACAAUAAAGACUAUCAAAU